GAACCCCUGGAGGAGACUCCUGCCGUGGAGGCCGCCGUUGAAGAACCCUCGAAGGAAGUGACCAAGGAGGAGUCCACUCCGGAACCCUCGACUGCCGAGCCCAGCACAGAAACCGCGGACAAGCCCACCACCGAAGAGGCCCGUGUCGAAUCUGCACCUGUCGAGGAGCAGACCACGGAAUCCGUUACCGACAAGGACGCUGUGGAACAACCAGCAGAGGAAUCCGCUGUCCCUCAAGCUUCCGAAGCCGCUGUCGAAGAAUCUGUCCCCGAGAACACUGUUUCUGAACAGACCGCGGAGGUGGCUACCGAGACCCCAGUUGCUGAUAAGCCCACUGAGCCAUCUGCGGAAGAAGCGCACGCUGAGUCUACUGUGGAGAAGGUGGAGGAGCCCAAGACAGAGGAGCCAGCUGAACAGGAGGUUGCUGAAGGUGCAGUCGAAACUUCGACCGAGACGGAGGAAAAGUCUGCUGAGCCCGCAGAGGAGCACCCCACGGAAGCAACCACCGAAAAUGCCGAGCCACCGGUCACGGAGAAGCCGACAGAGGAACCCAUCGAACAGAUCGCGGAAACCACCGAGGAAGUUGCCAAGGAGGAACCUGUCCAACAGGAGUCUUCUAACGAGCCUGUUACCGAACAGGCUACUGCUGAUGCCCCGGCCGAGGAGACCACAGAAACUCCUGCUCAAGACGUUCCUGCCAAGGAGGUAGUGACUGAAACUGUUGCGGAAGAGGCACCUGUCGAGACUUCGACCAGCGAAGUGGCUGAGGAAGCUGCCAAGGUUGACUCGGCUGUCGAGGAGCCGGUGGCUGAGCAGCCUGCCGCCGAAGAACCGGUUGUCGAGGCCUCUGUUCCAGAGACAGCUGAGGAGUCUCCCAAGGAACUUGCUGCGGAGGAAGCAGUGGCUAAGGCGGUUGCGGAAGAGCCCGCUGCUGAGGCCAUCGUUUCGGAGACCGUUGAAGAGACCGCCCCUCAGUCUGCAGUUGAGGAACCGGCCGCGGAGACUGCAGCCAAGGAUGUUGCUGAAGAGCCUGCUCAGGAGCCUGCUGCUGAAGCCGCCACUACAGAGGCUGAGGAGCCGGCUGCUGAGAAGCCAGUCGUUGAGGAGUCAGCCCCUGAGGUAACCGCUACAGAGACCGAGGAAUCCGCGCCGGAGCCUGUCGUCGAACAGUCUGCUCAAGAGAUUCAGCCCGAGGAAGUUUCCGAGCAGCCGGCUGUUGAAGAGCCGGUCGUCGAGGAACCAGUGGCAGAGAAGACAGUUCAGGAAGAAGAACCCGCCAAGGAAGACGUGCCUGAAGUGACGGCUGCACAUGAGGAGCCUGCUCAUGAAGAAGCUGCUCCCGCAGCUCCCGAGUCGCAGGAGACUGUUGAGGUUGCCGCUGAGGCCAAGGAGGCGGUUGCUGAAGAACCUGAGCAUGCUGCUGAAGCCCCGGCUGCUGAAGAAUCAGUGGAGGAAGUCGUCGCAGAGACCAAGCCUGAAGAAUCCGUCCCCAAGGAAACUACCAAGGAGCCAACCGCGGAGGAGCCUGCUGUUCAGGAAUCUCAGCCGACCGAGGAGCCCAGUGAGGACCCUGUCGCAGACGAGUCGACGGACGAAUCCUCCAACUUGGCCGAGUCUACUGUCGCUACAACUGCCGGAGACGAGAUCGUCUUUGACAACCAGUCGACCAAGGAAACUGAGCCAGUCACCGAAGAGCCUAUUGAGGAAGCUGUUGAGGAGGCUGUUGUCGAAGAACCUGCUGUAGAGGAACCUGUUAAGGAGGUAGUCGUUGAGGAGCCUGCUGUCGAAGAGCCUGCUGUCGAAGAGCCUGCUGUCGAAGAGCCUGCUGUCGAAGAGCCUGCUGUCGAAGAGCCUGCUGUCGAAGAGCCUGCUGUCGAAGAGCCUGCUGUCGAAGAGCCUGCUGUCGAAGAGCCUGCUGUCGAAGAGCCUGUUGUCGAAGAGCCCGCCGCCAAGGAGGUCGUCGCUGAGGAGCCUGCUGCCACGGAACCAGUCACCGAAGAGCCCGUCGUCGAGGAAUCUGUUAAGGAGGCUGUUGUCGAAGAGCCCGCCGCCAAGGAGGUUGUCGAGGAGCCUGUUGUGAAGGAGGUCGUCGCUGAGGAGCCAGCUGCCGAAGAGCCAGCUGUCGAAGAACCUGUCAAGGAGGCUGUUGUCGAAGAGCCCGCCGCCAAGGAGGUUGUCGAGGAGCCUGUGAUUCAGGAGCCGGCCGAGGAGGCUGCCGUUGAGGAGCCUGCUGUCGAGGCGCCUGCGGCUCAAGAGGCUGAAAAGGAGACUGUUGAAGAGCCGGUAGCGGAAGUUGCCCAAGAACAUGCGGCAGCCGAGUCGGUGCCCGAGCACUCUGAGAAGGAGGCUGUUGCUGAGGCUACUGUUGCUGCAGUUGCUGCAGUCGCGGCGGCGGAGGUUGUCGACAAGGUUGCUGAGCCAGCUGUUCAGGAGCCUGAGGCUGCAACCGCUGAAGCUACUGAGGCUCCAGUUGAGAAGGAGAAGGAGGUUGCUCCCGCAGAGCCUGCCCCUGAGACCCACGAAGAAACGGUCAAGGCUGUAGAGCCACAGGAGCAGAAGGCUGCGGAGGAAGCUGUUGCACAGGUCGAGGAGCAGGUUACCGAGCCGGUGCACGCGCCUAAGGAUGAGCCGGCUGCAGUUGAGACUGUCGUCGAGCCAGCUGCUACCGAGGAAUCCCCUAAGGCCGAAGUUGCUGAGGCUGUUAGUGUCGAGAAGGAGGAACCUGUCCAGGUUGAAACUGUCAGUGAGCCAGCCCCAGCUGAGCCUCAAGCCAAGGAAGUGCCUGUGCCUACCGAGGUCGAGGCUCCUGUUGAGGCCAACACUGUGUCAACACAUGAAGAGCCUAUUCCUGAGACGGCCAAGGAGACCGCUCCUGAGGAGUCUGCAAAGGACAGCAUCUUCAGCCCUGAAGUUCUGGGCGCAGGUGUUGCUACGGUUGCUGCCGGUGCUGCCAUUACCGCCGGAGUGUAUGCGGCCACUCACAAGGAAUCCGAAGUUGUUCCCGAGCACGUCGAGUCCAAGCAAGAUCCCGUCCAGCCUGAGAACACAGACAAGGCAGUCGUCGCCGACCACAAGCCUACCGAGCCGGUUACCGAGGCGCCUUCUACGGAACAGGCAUCUGCAUCUAACCAACAGCCGCAUGUUGAAGACGAUGCCGAGGAGCAGACCAAGAAGGCUACCGAGCCCCAGCCCGCCACCGCCGAGCCCGCCGCGCCGUCCGAGAAUGCUGCCGACAAGGCAGUUGCCACCAAGGGCGACGAGGAAGAUCGUGCCCAAAGUCAAAACCGGUCAGUCACAGCUGUUUCUCUGAACCGUAAACAUGACAGCUGGUUUAAGACCAUCCUCCGGGCUGUGUUCACCAAUUUCUUUGGGGCUAUCUUCUCGCCGUUCCGUCGUCGUGGAAGGAACAACCAGUAG